GUGGGUGUGUCCUCCCAUUGCUUGGCUCUCCCUCGUUAACCUUCUACGGGGAUCGCGAACACCAUGGCAGGCGGCAACCCUGGACAGCUCCCGGCUGCUGCUACUCCGGAUUCAGACUCCGAUUCGGAUUCGGAGAGUCUGCGACCCCGGCUUCAUGUCAUUCACAGCGGCCACUUCAUGGUAUCCUCUCCGCACAGCGAUGACAGGCACCGGGCAAAGUAUUCAGACCCAUUCGGCAACAUUGAUCCGACACUGACCCGUCUGUUUGAGUGCAUGAGCCUGGCAUACAGUGGAAAGCUGGUUUCCCCCAAAUGGAAGACUUUUAAGGGAUUACGGCUUCCCUGGAGUGAUAAGAUCCGCCUGAACAAUGCAAUCUGGAGAGCCUGGUACAUACAGUAUGCAGAGAAAAAGAAGACCCCAGUGUGUGGGUUUGUAACACCAUUAGAUGGAUCAGAAGGAGAUGACCACAGGAAACCAGAGGCCGUGGUGUUAGAAGGUAACUACUGGAAACGUCGGAUAGAAGUAGUGAUGAAGGAGUAUAACAAAUGGAGAAUUUACUAUAAGAAACGACUUAGGAAACUUCACAAAGAGGGCAAGCCAUUCCAGGAGCAAAAGGGUGCACCCUCUUGGAGAUGCAGUGAGAAGUGUACUGGAUACCCUCGGUUGGAAGACGUAUGUGGGGCUGAUGAAGAGAUGUUGUAUGACCUGGAUUACUUCUUAACGGAUAUCUCUGACACCCUGUUCACCACAGCUCACGGCCCCUCUACUUAUGACUGCUCACACAAUGAUUAUGCAGGUAAUGCAGACAUGAUACAACCAGAACUGGCGACUUUACAACCUAGUCUGGAUGAUUUAGUGGAUAUAUCAGACUUCUUUAGUGGGCCUCGGCCUAUGACUUCCCAGCAGUUCCCACUGUUGGUUCCACAACAUCACUGCUUCUCCAGCCACAUUGAGGGAUCCAGCACUCAACCACGUCAUAGGAUUCCAGAGCAACAGAGUUCUUACAGUUCGCAGUCAGAGUCCUGUUUUUCUACUCCUCCUCUGUCCUCUGAGUUCGUCAGUGGCGCAGUACCUUGCUCCUCACCCAACAAUGAGCUGAAAACACUACCACAUUAUGCUUCACUCAAUGAUGGCUUUUCCACUGAUUCUUUCAAUACUGGACCCCAGUUAUCCAUACAGUGUAUUUCCCCAAAUCUCCCUGUACAAGACCAGGAUCUGAUGUUCCCACCAGUGUCCAGCCCCAAGCAUCCUUUUCCCGGUGUGACAACUGACUCCAGCAUCCUAAACCAAUCUGCGGGCUCUUCCAUCCACGGUGAUGUCUACCCUGUGUAUUCAGUGACUUCAGUACAUGUUGAUUCCUCUAACAUGUUCACAAUGCCUAAAACACGACUCACAAUAACAAGCCAGAAGCCACCAAGGCCUGCACCAGAGGAUACCACAAGGUCUAUCCCGAUUUUUAACCCACCACACAUUGCAGCCAAGACAGAUUCUUCAGCACAGAGAACCACCUGUGGGCCACCUGGACCUAGUAUGACGACAGGUGGAAGGUUGGAUUCACUCUCUUUCCGUAGCAUCGCACCUGCUGUGCCGCCAUCGGUGCCUCCAUCCACACAGUGUACUCUUGGCUUCCCUCCACCUCCUCCCAUAUUUCUGAGUCCAGCAUUUUAUGGCCGGAGUAGUGUUGAGGUUUCUGACUCCUCAUCCUUAUCCUGCUCUCCUCUCCCUCCUAAAACAGAGAGACUUUCACCAACUUCAGCUUGCGGCGGUGAACGCAGAGACUCGCUCAGCAUGCCCAGCGCUCCGACUCCUAAGUGCUGGAGCAAAACUGAAAGAAAGGUGAACAGCCGACGGAUUAUGCACAUCUCAGCCGAGCAGAAACGACGGUGUAACAUAAAAUUAGGCUUUGACACACUGCACAGUCUCGUGACUACUCUGCAUGGGCAACCCAACAAGCUGAGCAAGGCAACCACUCUGCAGAAGACAGCGGAUUACAUCUGUAAACUGCAGCAAGAAAGAGUUCAACUGCAAGAGGAAACUCAACGCCUCCGCUGCCAGAUACAGGAAUUCAACGACAGCAUCAACUUAUGCCAGCAGCAACUCCCAGCCUCUGGAGUGCCUGUCAGCCACCAACGCUUCCAGCACAUGCGUCAAAUGUUCCAGACCUACGUGCAAACAAGGACCUUACAAAACUGGAAGUUCUGGCUUUUCAGCUUCAUUAUCCGCCCGCUCUUUGAUUCAUUUAAUAGGAUGGUUUCCACAGCAAGUAUUCGAGAUCUGAGAGAGACGUCAUUGGAAUGGCUGGAACAGCACUGCUCCCUACCUGCCCUGAGACCCGCUGUGCUCAGUUCGUUGUGCCAGCUCAGCACCUCAACAUCAAUUCUCGCAGACCCGACCAUCUUGCCUGAUCAAGCUGUCCAGGCCGUGACGAGAGGAGACAGCGGGGACAGCGUCUUUUAGUUCAGCCAAAAACCCAGAGACUUGGACUUCUCAGACUGUUGAAUGUACAGAACAUACCAAUUUCCUAUAAUGUACAUAAUAAAGAACUCUGAUCCAUGAGCACCAACACAUCAUAAUAUCAGGGUCACACUGAGAUGGAAACACCAAAAUUUGAUUGGACCCUCAUUGAACGACCAAAAUUCAGUGUGUUAUUGCCACCAAGAAGCCUGAUAUUGAAGUUCUUCUUUAUUAAAACAUUUAUAUUAUUUUAAA